AUGAACUCUUCCAUACCUAAUUUGCCUGGACUCCCCGUCGACGCUGAUCGAGUCGCAGAGUUAAAGACACGGGUUAAAGAUUUACUAAGGACUGGACAAGCAGGCUACUUUGUCUGCGAGAAGACAGAUGGCCUGCGAGUACUGGUGCUGAUCGUGCUCAAUGCUAACAGUCAACAAGAGGUUUAUCUGAUUGAUCGUAAAAAUACGUAUCGUUUCGUGCCUCACAUCGAAUUCCCUGUGCCCGGGGAUAAUACCUUUACAGCGUUCCAAGAUGGUACGAUUUUUGAUGGCGAAUUGGUGUUAGAUAGAGAAGCCGAUGGUUCGACUACUCUUAGACUGUUGGCUUUCGAUUGUCUAGCCUUUAUGGGCAAAAGUUUGCUCGAACGUCCAUUAACUAAAAGACUUGGGUAUCUUUGCGAAUCCCUAAUCAAACCUUACUCCGCAUAUCGAAAGACCAAUCCUGAUAUAGCUGCUGGCCAACCAUUUGUCGUGGAAGUAAAACAAAUGGAGCUUUCGUAUGGCGUUCUCAAGGUCUUUGAUGAGGUAAUCCCCAAACUCAAGCACAAAAAUGAUGGGUUAAUAUUCACAUCAUCAGUAGCAGAGUAUAUUCCGGGUACUUGUGAGAAAAUAUUAAAAUGGAAGCCAGCUCAUGAAAAUUCCAUAGACUUAUUAUUAGAAGUUCAAUACCCAAAAACCAAGGGUCGACCAGAUUAUACAGUGAAACCACGGUUUAUCCUGAAAAAAUGGGUGCGAAGGAAUGAACACACAUUUUUCAGUGAAAUGACCGUAACUGACGAAGAAUGGGAGAACACUUUUCGCAAAAUUUCGGAUCUUAACGGUCGAAUUGUAGAGACAGUCUAUGACCCAACGGCAGAUUCGAAAGCACCAUGGAAAUUCUUGCGAUUCCGUGACGAUAAGCAACAUGCGAACCACAGUUCUGUCGUGACGAAAAUACAAGAAUCUAUAAGGGAUGCUGUAACAAAAGAGCAAUUGAUUGCACACGCCCCCAAGAUAAGAGACGCAUGGAAACGACGAGAGACACAAAAAUCACAAAUAGGCCAUGCGCAACCAUCGUCAUCAGUCACCCAACUUCACUCAAAUACUUUCUCACACUCUACAAAAUACUCCGAUUCACAACCAGAACAGUCCCAUUCACACUCACGGCAUGUGAAUUCUUCCAGUAGUGGUAGACGGGUGGAACACACAGAAAAAUCUUCCUUCUCUCGUCCACAACAGCCGACUCCCCCAACGCCUAAAGGCAAAGAAGACGGACAUUCGGAACAAAAUGCACACGAUUAUCGUAUGCGUCCGUUGCAGCAACCUACUCCGCCGUCGCCUCAAACUAGGGAGGAUAACGGAAGGCUAUCAGGAAAUAGAAUGUCAUAUGUAGCCGGAAAGAGAUUACCUAGUGGUCGGGCACAAUCCCAUACGAGGCGAAAAUUGCAGGGUGACGGCAGAGAGGGAAAGCAAAUAAGGCCCAAAAAAUCAAUGCGUCGAACCACCUCAUCAUCUUCCUCUUCUUCACAAAACGUCAAAUAUAGCGGAAGAUCUCGCACAGAACGUCCUAAUACACCUUACUCUGACCCAGCGUCAUCUUCUCCGUCGCCUGAAUCGACAACCUACUCACCGCCUGUGGUCUCCACCCGGAUAACAUCUUCAUCAAAGAGAGGUAGAUUUGGUAGAAAGACCAUACGAAUAGAUGCGUUACCACAGCAGAUGGAAUAUGAGGGAAAUGAUGAGAGAGGUUCGAGUAGUGAGAGCGAAUCGGAAGAAGAAGACAACAGUAGAAGGAGUAAAUAUAGGAGGAUUGAGCGAGUGGGUAGAGUGUAA